AUGGUGAAACUAAUGACAGGGCUCAUCAAUACUAUGAAUAGUGAGAACACUUCUGACAUGAUCACUAAAUAUGCAAACAAAAGGCAGGAAGCAAAGGACAAGGCAAAGGAGAAUAAAGCAAACAACACUAAGGAAUCCAUUACUCAUUGUCAAAUGUUGGCAGUUAAAUGUGGUGCAGAAGAAACAAGUGUUGAGUACUUCAUGGCAACUCAACUGUUUGCAGAUGAGGCAAGCAAAGUCAUAUUUUAG